GUUACUUUUUGGGUCCUCUCUCUCUCCUUUUUUUUUACACAAAGUUGCAAGACAGGAAGAAUAAUAUCUUCGCCCGACCAUCUUCCUUAUCUACGACCCGAGUCAAAUCAAAUGUCGCGAUCGUUCACGGGUUGCAAAAGAUGUAAGUCACGACGCCAGAAAUGUGACGAGUCGAAGCCGGUUUGUGGUCGAUGCAAAGCUGCAAGGGUGCCAUGUCGGUAUGCAAUGGAGCUGCAAUGGGGAGGUCGGACGUUUUCGCGGUCGCGGUUUGGCGCAUGUAUGGGCGAUGGAGGCAUGCAGAAGCUAGAGUACUCUCCGGGUGAAUUCAUCUAUACUCUCCCAAAUUCCACAUCCCCCAGCGAACACUUGAUGCAGACGCAAAGCGCGACGUUGACACUGGCUCAGCCUGUCGGUCCCUUCACCUGGUUGUCAUCCGAGCAGAGAGCGUUGCUACAUCACUUCGCCACGUAUGCUUCGAAGAUCACAUCGUGCCAUUCGGGGAUGCAGAGGGAAAUAUGCAGUAUGCUCAUUCCCAUGGCGUUGCAGACGCCAUCAUUGCUGUACGCCACUGCGGCUCUUUCCGCAAUCCAUCUGCAGGCCUUGAACAACCGGUCCGAGAGUGCCAAGUCAGCGCCCGAUAUCGCAAGAUUGAUGGCUUCCAGUCUGGAACAUCUUCGAAAAGAGCUUCAAGACGCGAGCGCCAACAACUCCGAUGCAAUUUUGGCAACAGCGCGGACGCUUUGUCUUGCGGAGAUUCAUUCGGGCGCCAUCCAGCCCAAUUCAUGGAGGGCUCAUAUCGAAGGAGCGAAGGCAUUGAUGGUGGCCACAGAUGAUAGCUCGCGAUCAUCAGAGUCAUUCCGCAGGUAUCUACGUCGGUGGUAUAGAUCGAUUGUCUCUCUCACGGCACUGACAGCUAACGGGCCCCCAAUCGGAGAUUCUGAAGACAGUAUGCUUGCGAAAUCUAGUGGGGAAGACUAUCUCGAUGACUAUUGGGGAUUUACACUCGGUCUUUCCGAUAUCUUUAGGGGAAUUGGAGCGGUAGCCUGGCGGAGACAGCAAAUUCUGAUAAAUCAUGGUCAAGAAAAUAGCCAUGAGACGAAAGAAGAACUCCAUGUCCAGCAGCAGGCGAUGAUGCUGGAGGCAUCUUUGAGGCGCUUGAUGGGUCAUAACGCUGCCUCGCAACCCAAGUUCUACCCUGGGGUGGCCGAAAAGCUGUCGGGAGAGUGCAUUCGAGAGUUUGUGCUCUGCAACGAAGCAUUCCAGCAUAGUGCACUCAUCCAGAUCCGCCGUCGCUUACGGAGAAUCCCCACGACAGCCCCGGCGGUGCAGCGAUCAGUCCAGAGGAUCUUGGAAUGCAUAUGCCAGAUCACACCGUCUGCGGGUCUCAGUCCGUGGGCGAUGCUUACAACGCCGUUGUUUAUCGCGGGAUGCGAAGCGCAAGGAGCGGAUAGAGAUACAGUGAAGCGACUACUGCUCCUGCUGCACGAUACAAUCCGGGUCCCCAACGUGCUCCAGUCAUUGAAGUUCCUCGAGCAGUACUGGAUAGAGCGGAGCCGUAUGAAUGAGGCAGACUGGAACCAUUAUCUAGACCGAUUGCAGGUCGACUUCAUUCCGUACUGAAUUGAACAAGUAACCAGGACGAAAGGUAUCAUGAGUUACGCAUUAUUGUUUACGAGCAUUGCAAUGUCAGGGGUCAUUGAAGGGAUGUUUUCAAAAGGGUUAUUUGAUAUCCAUGGAAUGGACUAUUGCCGUCCAUGUGCAUAGACAAGGCGUAUCUAUUUAAUUUUCUUCUCAUGUUCAAUAAUGGUGCUAUCUAUUACUGUCUCCGCGCAUACUAAGAAUAGAAGCUGUAGCACAGUCCACGGCCAGCUAUUUAUGGAGGAUGCGCGAUGAGGCGUGCGACCAUUGAAAUUGACAACC